ACUCAAGUUCCCACCUUCACUUAGUCACACCUGCACACAUUCGUCAACGCCAGAAACCUUCCGUAACGCCGGCGUCACAGUAUUGUACAAACGACCUUCGUACGAAUUCGCUGAUCACCAAGAGGUCGCAAGGCGUGCCUUUUCCCUGAACAUCUACCCGGUGAAAUUGGACGUGGCUUGCGGUCACCUACGAUCACCUACACUCGCGUUUUGAUAGAAAAGACGGUCUUACUGCUGUCGAACUUAAUGUCCUUUUGAUGAGAUCUCAGACUGGUCGGGUGAGCUACUAUUAUCUUCCUGCUAUGUAACGCCGACUCUUUCCCAGACUGCAACAGUUGUUCUGAGUGGUGAGUAGAAACAUCGCUGCCGAGGAUAUGUGGUGGUUUUCCGUACUACUUCUGUCGGCGUGUUGGGCCUUCUCGGCGGGCCAGACUCCAACUGCGACCGCACAACCUUCCGUACAAGGAGAGUUCUUUCGAGUAGUGACAUUUGAGGAACAUCCCUUCGCCAUAAAAAGCACGACUAACAACGUGACGACCUGGCAGGGGUUCUGUAUGGACAUGCUGGACUCACUCGCCAACAAGCUGCAGUUCACCUACAACCUGACAGAGGCGUCAGACGGGCACGAGGGGACACUGCACGAUACCGGCUGGACGGGGACGGUGGGAGACAUCGUGGAAGGGAGAGCGGACAUGAUCGUCGCCGCCCUGACCAUUACGUCACACCGGGAGGACGCCAUCGACUUCACCAAGCCAUAUAUGGAGUACGGCGUCGGUAUGCUAAUGAAGGUGCCUGACGUACACGCGACAUACAACCUAUGGGCGUUCCUCGAACCGUUCAAAUUAGAGGUCUGGAUGGCCAUAUUUGGCUCCUUAGUGGGCGUGGCUGGCCUGAUGUUCCUGCUCUCUGCAAUGCGGAGUAGACUCACCAGGGGCGCUCUUGAGGAUGAGGACGUGAAUCUGGGAACAACCGUGUGGGUGACAGUAGGCUGGAUAACUGGCGACAUCGCAGUUCCUGGCGGCAUCUCCAUCCGGGUCCUUGCGCUAGCCUGGGGCAUCUUCACCCUGGUCGUGGUGAACACGUACACCGCCAACCUGGCCGCCGCUCUCACCGUCAAGUCCCUGCAGACGUCCAUCAACUCUCCGGACGAUCUGGUGACGCAGACGGCGAUCACGUACGGGAUAGAGGAGGACACGGCCUUGUACAGUUUCCUGCAGGACCAGGACGGUCUUGGAACGACAUACGACAAGAUCUGGACGCAGAUACAGACGCACUCGGACGGGCUGAAGACGAGUCUGGACGAGGCUGUGACCAGGGUUCGCCAGGGUGACUACAUCUUCAUACACGACGGACCGUGGGUGGAGUACGAGGUGAUUCAUGACGAAGCAAACAGCUGCGAGCUGAUGAUGGUUGGAAACACCUUCCUGCACAGGAGUUACGCCAUCGGCUUACCACACGGCAGUCCGUACACGGAGCAACUCACCAUUAGCGUUCUAGAGAUGAAGGAAAAUGGCGAGAUUGAGGAACUGACGAAGAAAUGGUGGCCUGCGUCCGGGUGUGACCUUCACGGCGGGUCAACCUCCAUCAGCAGCGGGGAGGGUCACGUGAUCGCCGAGUUCUACGGGAUCCUGAGCAUCCUGGGAGCGGGGGCGGGCCUCGCUCUGAUCGUGGCUGCCUGUGAGAUCGCCUGGUUCAACAUGAGUAUGCGGAAGAAGAAAGUGACUCCCACCAACAAUGAGACCCAGGAGGAGAUGAUCAGAAGGGUUGUGAGGCAGUGUCUCAGGGAAAACAAGAUGGAGGAGUACAACUUGGAGGACAAGAUAGAUACAUGAGAAGUUAGAGUCAUCAAAGAAAGUUCAUCUGAGUUGGUAAAAUACAUCUGAUUCAUGAGAAACUGCUCGUAAUCAAUUCUUCAAUCUUGCCAUUUUCCUUCAUCUCACGAAGGCUGGUCAGAAACGUUCUCUCUCGCAUAUGAAGCGAUAGUUACUUUCACGUAUAUUUGUAAGGUUAGCUACAUCCAAGCCCCGAUCAACGUACAAGGUACACGGUCUCUGGCUCAACGUUGCCGCGUAACGAAGCGAAAGUGUUAUCUUUGCGAUUUUACAAUUUACAAAAAGUAGUCAAGACCUGACUUCAUGUUUAUCAAGAUCUCCACAUAUCAGAGAGUGCAACUAUGCUGCUAUCAGGAGAGAAAAUAUUUUAACGUGUAUACUUUAACACGGGAUUAGAGGUGGAAAGAAAUAUCAAUAUGUGAUUUGCUGUAUUUGAAUUUUUCUUUAUGUAAAUAAGAAAGCGAGAUUUCUUGCGCUGUAUAUAGUCUUAACGAUUAACUUUAAGCAAUUGGUUCUUUACUUUGUUGCUAUUUGAAGUUUAUUUCUACAUCGUUUGUUUUUACUUAAGUGACGCUAGCAUGAUUUUUCGUCAUUGAAGAG